GUGUGUGUGUGUGUGCUAUGAUAGUCUCAGCUCACUCUGAAAAGGGACGUCCCUGUUGGUGGAGAUCAGCCCGAGGAAGGCCCACCUAGUGAUCAUUUGAAAAUAUCUCCCGUUAGUUUGUCUCGACUGCGCGCCUGAAUCAUAAGGGGACAAGUAGAAGACUAUCUGUAAAUAGUAGCUCGGCCAAGAUGGAUGUGUUUAUGAAGGGUUUGUCUAAAGCAAAAGAGGGGAUGGCUGUGGCCGCAGAGAAGACCAAGGAAGGAGUUGCAGUCGCGGCUGAAAAGACUAAAGAAGGAGUAAUGUUUGUAGGUAGCAAGGCCAAAGACAGCGUGGGCACAGUGGCUGAGAAGACCACUGGAGCAGUCGGGAACAUCGUUGCAGCCACUGGCCUGGUGAAAAAAGACGAGUUCCCUGCUGACAUGAAUCCUGAGGAGUAUGGGCAGGAGGCCAUGGAGGGCCAGGGAGAGGCAAUGCUGGACCCAGAAGGCGAGACAUAUGAUGAGACCCAGCAGGAGAGCCAGGACUACGAGCCAGAAGCGUAAAUGCGUCAGUCCGAGCCGCCAUCCAACCAGCAGCACAAUAAUAUUUCUAAUAAUAAAAAGGACAAAUGCUGAAACUAUUACAAUUAUACCCCCGUUGCAAAAAAAACAAAACAAAACAACAACAGAAAAGCAUUCCCACUGAAAAAUGUUCUUCCUUCAAGACAAAUCUUUUAUUAUUAUUAUUAUAUAUUGUAAAUGUCAUGUUAUUAAUGUAAUGUGUUGGGUGUAGGUAUUUAUUGAGAUGUAGGAUUCGUCCGCUCUGUCUCACUUCCUUGAUUCCCUCCCAAUGAAAUGAGACCAGAGCCGGACUUGUGACUUUGUACUUGUGUGUAUCUGUAUUUAGAAACGUGCAAUAGAUGUUCAUCAUCUUCCAGUGAGACAUUGGGAGUGGAAAAAAAUAAAUACGUCCGGUUGCAAGCAGAUAUGGAAACAAUAAUAAUAUCCUCUUAAGUGUCGACAAUGCCUGUUUGUUGGUUAUUUAUUUUUGCAUUUUUUUGCAAAUUUCUUUGAACAUUUUCAAAGUAAGAGUUUUUUACAUUGUAUCUUUAUAGUUGCUUGUGAAAUCAUUCCAGUAAACUAUCUGUUAGAAAUGAACAGAGUAUACAUGUUUGUGUGUGUGCGUGUGUUUGUGUGUACUGAAGAUUUUAAAAAGUCAAUAUAUUAUGUCUUGAAAUCAUAAUGGUUGUCAUAUCAAUAUGUGCUUUAAAUUGCCGGACUUGUCAAUAUAAAGUUUUAUGUGUUAAGCCAGACAUUCAUUCCUCUGUAAAUAAAAAGUAAAAAAAGAAA